CAAAAUGACUGUUCAGCCAAGUUAUCGUUUUUAUCGCCUGCCUAUUCUUUAAUGCAUCAUCCAUCAUUCAGUGGCAUUUCUUUCAAUAAAUUAAAACGUUGCUCAUUAUAGUGAUAAAUUGCAGAAAUUGUCGCACGAACACAUAGGAAAAUACAUUCAAACAACGAAAUAAUUAUAACAAAAAUAUACCUGUUUCUAAUAUGACUUGACAUUAUGUUAUAAGGGACAAUAUUCUUAUCGACAUGAAUAUUUCCAAAAGUUAAUAGGACACGUCCAUUUGAUCAUGGAUAUUUUUAGCUAUCGGAUGUGUUCGUAAAAUAUCUCCCUCAGAGUGACUGGAUUCUUUGGCGCAUUAUUCACAAUCUGUCAAUAUUGGACAGGAUACAAUGAACGUAAGAACCAAUGACGAAGAUAAUGCGAGCCAACUGAGACAUACAACGCGCUUCUACUUUCGCUCUUUUGCGCAGAUGAUUAGACGAGCGUUCUGACGGGCUUCGUAUUACUAUUGUUGUUACGUUAACGCAUCCUGUUCGCAUAUGCUCAGAUUUAAGUGUAAUUUACGAUGAUUAACAAUGACGUUAGCUAUGCACGAUACAAAGUUUGAUAGUUCGCAAACACUUCAUACUUGCGCGUCAUUCUAUAUCCGUACAUACUUAUUGGCAAUACUUGAGUAAAAUGGACAAUCCAUAUGUCAAUAUAAAUGGUUUUAUAGUCGCCUCUAUUAAAUAAUGAUUUUUUAUGAAAAAAUGUACGCGAUAAUACUUCGGGUUUGUUGGAAUUCUCAAAGUUUCAAAGAGUAUGCCGAUAUAAUUCAUUUAAAAGAAAUCUUCAAAAUAUGCUGAAUUGUGUGCAUAAAUGAAAAGUCCGAAUGCCGUUUUAUUAAUAAAAUUUAUCAUAUUAACACAUUUUAUCAUCUUUCGAUAUUAAUUUCAAAUUUACAGGAAGAGGGAUAUACCGUCUCCUUUAAACAUUGUUCCGAUAGCUCUUACAUAGAUUGGCGUAAAACAUUUAACCCGAUAUUACAACAGAAUAUUAGAUGGCUGCGAGAUAUUUAUAAAUUCAAGCAAUCCUGAGGUAUAUCGUGCUUCGCUCAUCGAAGGAGACACCUUCGAUUGUGCAACGACGCACGUUGACGCCCAGAUUUACUUUUUCAUUCGUGUUAUCGUCAAUGUAACCGACGACACGUUACUCCUCUGUAAACUUACGCGAACGGAACUUUAUAAGUACGCCGGACAUUUUUGUGUCGAGUCUUUCGUUCGAGUUUUCUCUUACGGUCGCGUUAUGGAAUCACGCGUGUUCUGGUUUACCGUCAUGUGCAUGCUGUGCAUAGAUGCAAUCGGUGAAUCAAUGUGUACAAAAGUUUUUGCACCGAUUAAUAACAUUUUUCAAGUAGAUGCCAGGACAGAGGAAACGCAAACUGAACGAUUGAUUCACAUGCAAACAAGACCGGUUGAAACUACAUGGAAGGACGACACGUUCGAAUCUGAAAUCCUGAAUGAAUCUCCAAGAGUGAAGGAUUUAUCAGUGAAGAUGAAAAUUUUUAGUAAAUUUGAAAAUGCAAGGUGUUCCAGAUACUGCAUAGGACAGUUGGAAACUGGCAAAGAUAAUCCAUUUGAAGACAUCAAUCUGUUUUGGUCAUUCGCCGGAAGCAAAAACGAAACGGAUCAAUUUUCAUUAGAAAGUAGCCCAAAGUUAAAAAUAUCAAAAUUCAUCGAUAAAAGCUUAACAGAUUCAGAUAACAACUGCCAAAUUUACCUCUAUCUGAGUUGCGGCAUUAUAAAUAUGGAAAGAAAUUCGACUGAUGGACAUGAAAAAGUAGACUCGAAUAUAGAAAUUAAUCGAGAGAGCACUGAGUUCUCCCAGGAAUUUUUUCGGCGUAACAGCUCAGAAUUUUUACAAAAGGAAAAAUUAGUGCACAAGGCUUAUUUAAGCGGAUAUACCGAAACCAAGUUCUAUGUAGACGCCAAUAUAACGGAAAUUAUAUUCAACAUUCGGGGAAAUCUUACACGCGCGGUUCUGGCUAUACCUACAAACAGGACGAUGCGGAGAUCAGGAAUAACAAUGUCGUUGGCACGUACGUACGACAUGAAAGGGGUGGUCAUCGGCGCGCGCAAUCCUCCGCCAGGUGGCUGGGUCGCGAAACUUGCGGGGGUGGAAAAUUCAAAGUACAACUUCGACGUGACCGGUUACUUCGGAGCAAGCGAGGAAAAUAACACGAGGGAUGAAAUUAUCGACGUUAAGUCCGUGAGCGAAUUCAAAGAAGACCUUGAUCGAAUGUUAAAUAGGGGUCAUAUUUCACAGAAUGAAGCAACGGUCACAAUGAUGGAAAAUUUUAAUCAAUUCAAUAAAGAGACCUGCAAAGAUAUAGCCAACGAACGAGUUGGUGAUUCAAUGCUUCUAAUAAAAUCUAACGUGAGUAAGAAACCGAAGUACGUGUUCGAGAGAUCUGCUGAAAUUGUAAACACACGAACAAGUACUGAUGCAGCCAUGACAGACGAUUUUUCUAAUGCGUCACUCUCCUCACUUGAAGCUACCGCGAUGAAGGACAUUAUCAACAAUUCUGCCCUACCUAAUCAUUCCUUAGCGAGUCAUGGCAAUAUCGAAAUUCCACAAAAAGUAUCAAAUAGGACGAUAUUCGGCGACAGAAUGCUUGCUCUGCAGCUGAGAGAGCAAGAGCAGAAAAUCGAUGCGCGAUCAUCCGAAGUCGCCUCGUUGAAUGAAAACGAUAUGAAUGUGAAGCCAUUCGCUAGUAACAACGUAUCGAUGAAAAUAAUACAAAAUCAAGAAGCGAGACUGGCAGGGAAUAGCAAAGAGGAUAUUUUUGCAAGACAAAAAAUACUGAUAGAAGUGAAUCCCGAAAGCAGUUUGUUGGCUGUACCAGGAAGAAUACACACAAUAUUCUUUGAUUUAACGAAUAAUUGCGUUCUUACAGUCAGAUAUGCAGUUCGAGCAACGAGUUCGUCAUUUAGGAUAUAUAAUAUACGACCUCCUUACGUAUGGUUAUACCCGGGACAGACCAACUACGUAGCUGUGGAUGUCGUUGUACCGGCAGGAAUCAGACAAGAUACAAUAAAUACGCUCACAUUGUUUGUCGAUGGUACGGAAAUAUCGGAAAAAACGGUGUAUCUUUACGUUCAAGAUUCCUCCGCCAAGAUCACUGAUAAUGUGAAACCAACAAUCGAAUACUCGUUCAAUAGUAAUUGCGCCGGUAAUUUAAACAAAGGUCGGUGCGAAAAAACGUUUUGGAGCGCUGACAUCACUAUUCAAGAUUCCGAUUCAGGUUUGAAAAGCGUAACUUCGACUCCAAAUAAAAUAUAUCCACGCACUGAUUUCAUAAGUGGCACGAAAAACUCCGUAACAUUUUAUUAUUUGUCUACAUGCUGCUCUACGAUAGCCACAGUUACAGCAACUGAUUUGCUAAAUAAUCAACACUCUCGUAACAUAGAUGUGACAGAAUGGGACAAUCUAUCGCAGGGAGAAAUAGCCGCUAUCGUAGUGGGUGCAUUAUUUCUUCUCUUUCUUCUGAUACUCCUCAUCGUCGCAAUAGUCUAUUGCGUUCGUAAGAGGAAUGGUCAUGAUCUACCUUACACACAAAGAUACGGCUCUAGGCCACCUGCCAGAUCUGAAAGAACCAGCUUCUAACAACAUUCCUGUUGGAAUCGGCUACAUCGUUGGCAACUGAACCACAAACCCCUAGAAAUAUUACAUCUAUACAUGCCAGUCUGUAUAUUGAUAAAAUAUUUCAUUUAUAUAAAUUUCUACAUAAAAUUAA